UGUUGGUAAACAACUUUGAAAACCGAGAACUGCAAUAUUUCCUUUAGAACGUGUUGAUCGAGUGUUUGCUUAAAUAUAUAUAGACUCGACCAAUUGGCUGUGACGAGUGAUUUAGUCCAUUUUCAGUUUCCAGUUUUAUGCUCAAUCGGUUGUUACUCGUGUUUUAACAUUUCGAUUCGACCUGAGGAGUUUAAAGAUGACCCGACACGCUAAAAAUUGCACUGCGGGGAGUGUGUACACGUACCACGAGAAGAUGAAAGAUAUGAAAAUGGGUGGUUAUGGGACACAAAAGGAGCGUCUGGGGAAGGAUGCCCAGAGAGAAUUCGAUUGUUGUUGUCUCACUCUCCAUCCAUGUCGUGAUCCAGUGAUUACACCUGAAGGGUAUCUGUAUGACCGCGAAGCAAUUCUCGAGUAUAUCGUUAAACAAAAAUUAGCCAUUGCAAAAAAGCAGAAGGCGUUCGAAAAACAGCAAAAGGAUAAACGCGACGAUGAGUUAAAGCCACCUGAAGCCAAAAAGUUAAAACAUUUAACAUCCAUAAAAAACAAUGAAGACAAGCCCGCGUUGCCUUCUUUUUGGAUCCCUUCUCUUACUCCACAGGCUUCUACAAGUUCUACGGCACCUUUGAAGGCACCAGACACGGAGGUAUUAUGUCCAAUGAGUGGUAAACCUAUUAAAGCCAAGAAAUUGUACCCUGUACGAUGGACUCUGCUUCCCGAUGAUGGCCAAGGCAAAUCUCUUAUCGCAAAAAAAGCCCGUUAUAUGUGUGCAGUUUCACACGACGUUCUCAGUAACUCUGUUCCGUGCGCGUAUCUUAGGACAUCGGGAAAUGUAGUCACGGUAGAAUGUCUCGAGAAGGUAAUAAAGAAGGACGGCAUUGAUCCGAUUAACGGAAUGAAGCUUGAGCAGAAAGAUAUUAUUAUUAUGCAACGUGGAGGCACCGGCUUCUCAUCUACGAACGACCAGUUAACAGCAUCGGUCCAAAAACCUGUUCUUCAGUCAUAACAUCUCACAUCAAAAUCCAUCCAUUAAUUUAUGCAGUGGUAACCGCUGCUGUAGGCCACCAUGAGUAGACUCUGACAUUUAUUUGAUCAAUUGUAGACAAAUGCUUCCUUCGAAAUGCGAAACAACAAUUUGUGAGUAGCACUAAGGGAAAACAGAAAAAUGUAUAAAUAAAAUAAUGUAAACAGAAAAAUAUAAUAAUAUUUAACGUAAAACUUAGAAAAGUGCAAAUGAGACAGUAUGUUAUAAAAUACAGUAGAGGUUGAAUCCAGCCAGACGGCAACAGUGUACACACAAUGAAAAAGCUGCAACGCUUAGUAGUUUCACACAGUUGGGGUAAAAUAACUGAAUACUUCUUUGUGGUGUUUACUCACACGCAAGAGAAGAUUAUGGCUAACCCUGGUCUGUACAUGUGUAUAAAAGUUGUGUAUAUAUAUACAUAUAUAUAUAUCUGCCUAAUUAAUUUCUUCUAAAGUGUAGCGAAUUUUUGAAUUCAAAUUACAAAAAGCAUGCACUUAUUUUAACUUUUGCGAUAAACACGUUAACGACAUUACAAUAUCUAUUAUAUUUGGGUUUCUUAUUUUUAGUUGAAUUUGCACAAUAUAUAGAGAACAAAACAUUAUGGCUAAUUGGCAAGCGCAUAUACUGUAGUUCCGUUAAUGCACUGAAACAUAAUCAGAUUCAUUUUAUGGUUGACUCUAGGUACUUAUGACUACAUUGUUCUGUUCGAAUAAAUUGCCACGUUACUAUAUGCCAUACUGUGGUAGUUGUCAACCUUUGUAUUCGAUAACAUAUUACAUUAGAAUAGUUUUUUAUUUGAAAAGAUGCCUACAUAAAUAAAAUUUGACAAGGUCAUGGAAAUAUACAACUGCCAAACAACUGAAAUCAAACUAGCCGUUUCUUGCGACAUAGAAAUAAACUGCGCGAUAAACAUAAAUGCUACUUUCAAGUGCGUAAGCUUUGUAAGGAUUAUUUAGCAUAAUGGACCUAGCUAGUACCAUGGUUCUUACGGCUAUUAAGGUGCGAGCUAUUACAGCCGCCUUUUUGCAUUGCCUGAACUGCUUGUCCGUGUGUCGCCGAAAACGAAUGAUCGAAGACAGACGCGCAGGUUCUAAGGCAAUUUCGCAAUCGCACUUGAUUACAAUGUUUCUUACUGUAUCGUAUUUAAGUGUAGCGUCCCCUCGUUCGCUUUCGUUUCCAUCAUAAAUGUUAAAGUGCUUUAAAGGAUUGCACGCUCUGCAUAGUCUGGAAAUCUGAAGCCUCUGUGAAUUCGUUUGUCUCCGACAUUGGCUGUUGACCAGGUCAUACAAUUUGUGCCAACCGAAGGCAAUAACAUAGGCAAAAAAGAUCGACGAGCAAUUUUGACGAGUUUGAAUAAACGAUAGGAUGUCCUUGGCUGACUUGAAACAAAUCAUAAACAAAAGGUAGAAGUAUAGUUCAAGGAAAUCGUUGCAUGAUGCGUUUGCAAAGCAUGGGUAACUUCUCUAAUUCUUUGUAAAUCAUGCAUUCGAUGAUCCUGUUAGUCAAAUCUAAAUGGAGAAUGUGAAAAACUUGCUCGGUUUGUUAGAACUACAAUUUGUCGUUUUUUUUUUGACCUGACACAGCAAUGGGGGCAAAAGAGUAUGAUAUCAUCAAGCUGUUUCAAUGUCCUUUUGCAGAUUAAGGUAUUGUUCAUUUGUAGAUGCAUAGAUAGGAUUAUGUUAAACCAUUAUAAGCAUAAUUUGUAUUAAGCAAUUUUUCACUUCAUGUUAUCAGCAUGUUAAGGGCGUAUGCACUGAGCUUUAUUUUCUUCGAUAUUCGUGAAUAAAAUUGCGUAUAAAUAGAUAGGUGGAAAGUUCUAGUUAGGAGAACAUGCAUUUUAUUCUCAUUUACGUAGUAGCUCUGUGUAAUAACACUAUCACCCUUAUCGUUCCAUGAAAAAUUUUAUAGAUCUGCGCGAAGCACCUUCAUAGUACUCAUAUCUAUUAUAUGAUUCAACUUACUACACAUUUCGCUUACACACCAUAUGUAGUUAUCCAUCUAUUUACUCAUUUCGUUUCUUGUUUCAGUACACAUCUCACCGAGACAUCCGUAUGAUAACGAAGACAUCUAUAUAUACAUUGAUAAUUUCCAACAGUAAGGGCUACAAUCGUUCGUUUUUAUGCCAAUAGUUAUGCUUCCCUUAAUGCGCAUCCAGGGUAAUAUUGGCUGCGUCCGCGCGUGAACAGAAUGUGAUCACCAGUUUAGUUCUAUAUGUAUGUUUAUCCCUUUUCAUUUUACUGAAGGUUUACGGAUGGCUUAAUAAACAAUAAUUUAAUACAUUAAAAAUCAAAAUAAUUAUGGAAGAACUGAAGCGGCUGAAAAUGCUGCCUUGUCGUUUGCUAGCGACUUAUAUGUGUAGAGUAUGUUUACUUUCCUUUAGCUCCGCUCUUUGCUAAACACGUCCCUAAAAGAUUCACCAUACAAUCUAACAAUUAUUUUUUAGAAACACUCGUAUUAGCCCUCAGUCAUAUGGAGUAAUCAGCAAUCAUGUGUGGUUAAUCGGUUUUUUCAACAAUUGCAGUAAUUGAGAUUGUUCCACAUGAAUCACUUUUUCUUUUUUUUUUUACCAUUUCACAGUUAUAGCUCACACAUUAAUG